AUUAGGUCACCACCAGUCACUCCUCUAAAACCAACUAGGCACUCUACUCUGUCCACGGAGAUAUCCACGACCCCCAACCAAACACCUUCACAAACCCCUCACCUCCAACUCCGAAACAACGACAAAUUAUGGAUCUAGCCUACGACCACAUCCAAGAGGAGACCCUCGCCCCCGGUCCCGAGGCGGCCGAAAAGAAAGAAAAGCAACCUGAAACAACAACCCUCAAUUCCGACUUCCAAGAGGCCUACAAAGCCAUAUCCGCCAGUCCCUGGGGCGCGCGAUUGGGCGGUUUCUUCGGGAGUGUGGUCAAGCAGGUUGGUGUUCCCUCUUCUCCUGCGUACCUUGGUGAGGGGUUUGUGUUGAUGGGAGUCUUAGGGCGAGAAUGUGUAUAAAGAAGCAUCUACAGAACUCUCGGCCGUGCAGGAGGAAGCCACGAAAGGAUUUACGGACUUGAAAUCUUCGAUUAUCAGUCGCACGCGAGCAAUAUCCACUGCGCAGAACCCAACGACCGGUGAGGCAUCUACGGAGACGAAGGAGGGGGAGAAGGAGGUUUCUUCUGAUGACGCUUUGAAGGAAUCGGAGGGUGUGCUUGCGAGACUCCGCACGGAGGCUGCGAAACGGUUAAAGGAUAUCCAACAUGCGGAAGAUGCAGCAGACGAGGCGCUCUUGAAAUUCGGCACGAAUCUCAGAGACUUCUUGAAGGAUGCUGUUAGUAUUACACCAGCGACUGCGGAAGAUAGUAAAGAUGGGAACACGGUAUUGUUUGAAAGCAAAGAUGCGUCCGGGAAGCGAGUAAUUCAUACCACACGAUUCGAUGCACAACUACAUGUUAUACAUUCGUCACUCGAUAGUUUCACCAAGGAUCCGGUUAGUGAGGAGUAUGAGCCUUGGACGAAGACUUUUGAUGUGGCGAAGAAGACGGAUGAUAUCAGCAAGGACUUGGAGAAUUUUAAUGAAUUGAGAGCGUCUAUGGAGAAAUUGGUUCCGGAUACGGUCAAAUACGACGAUUUCUGGAAGCGGUACUACUUUCUGAGACACAGUAUUGAGACUGCUGAGGCGCGGAGAAGGGAUCUACUCAAAGGUAUGUCUAUAUCAGACUUCAUGGUUAUUUUCUGAUGUCUAACUAUCAUCAGGUGCAGCUGCCUCAACUGAGGAAGAUAUUGCUUGGGACGAAGAUUCUGAAGAUGAAGCCACAACUAAGACCACCAAAGCAAAAGAAGCAGGCAGGCCAGCUUCUGCAGAGUCAUCCACAACCCUUCAUCCCGCUACAGAGACAGCCGAUAAAACUCUUCUUGCCCCAGAAGGGGCUCGUAAAUCCGACGAAAAAUCACGAGCCGACAGUGAUGGCAGUUAUGACGUUGUUGGAGCCGCUUCUGGAGUGCCAAGUCAUGCUCCAAAUAGUCCGAAAGAAUCUCGAAAGGGCGAUGAUAGCGAGGAUGAAGAUUGGGAGUAAGAAGGCUGAUUCGUGGCGAUCAUUGUUUUCUGGCGUUGAAGCUUCCCUGGGGAGUAUUAGGUUAGGCGACUCCUUUUUGGUCACUGAGGCUCUCUACAAUUUCCCGUAGAGAAUUUGUAAUCCAUGUUGAUAUCCCUCCCUUUUUUGGUAUCUUUUGGACGCCGUUUUUAUCCCUAUCCAGAAG